AUGAAGGGCGACGGAAGGUGCUUGAAACUCUUUCUUGCACUUUUGAUCCUUUUCCUACAAAACGUAAAAGGAGGAGAAGUUGGCCACAACCACAGCCACAGCCACAGCCUCAAAGAUGCUAAAGUGACAGUGAGGUGCAUAGCGAGGGAAAGGCAAGCACUACUUGCAUUCAAACGUGGCCUGGUGGAUGAGUUCAAUCAACUCUCAACUUGGGGUUCAGAAGCCCAAAAACAAGAUUGUUGCAGAUGGGAAGGAGUCUAUUGUAGCAACCAAACUGGCCAUGUGAUUCAACUUGAUCUUGGAUAUUCUUUCCCUGGUAAGAUUUUUCAACCUGAUAUUUUUGGAUAUUCUUUCCAAGGUAAGAUGAUUAGUCCUAAACUGAUUGAGUUGCAGCAUUUACAAUAUUUGGACCUUACAUUGAUUGAUUUCAAUGGGAUCCAAAUUCCAGAUUUCAUUGGUUCUCUAACCAAUCUAAGGUACCUCAAUCUCAGUUUCUGUCAAAUGGUUGGUCAAAUUCCAAGUUCGUUUCGAAACCUCACGCAAUUGCAACAUCUUGACCUUGCCUAUAAUUGGCGGCUUCAAGCAGAAAAUCUCAAUUGGCUCCCUGCUCUUUCUUCUUUAACGUAUUUGGACCUUUCAUUGAUUAAUUUCAAUGGGAGCCAAAUUCCAGAUUUCAUUGGUUCUCUAACCAAUCUAAGAAACCUCAGUCUCAGUUACUGUAAUUUGGUUGGUCAAAUUCCAAGUUCUUUUGGAAACCUCACGCAUUUAACGGAUUUGGACCUAAGCAGAAACUUCAAUGGGAGCCAAAUUCCUAAUUUCAUUGGUUCUCUAACCAAUCUAAGAAACCUCCGUCUCAGUUCCUGUCAUUUCAUUGGUCCAAUUCCAAGUUCGUUUGGAAACCUCAUGCAAUUGCAAAAUCUUCACCUCAGCUAUAAUCAGCUUCAACCAGAAAAUCUCAAUUGCCUCCCUGCUCUGUCUUCUUUAACGGAUUUGGACCUAAGCGGAAACUUCAAUGGGAGCCAAAUUCCCGAUUUCAUUGGUUCUCUAACCAAUCUAAGAAACCUCCGUCUCAGUUCCUGUAAUUUGGUUGGUCAAAUUCCAAGUUCGUUUGGAAACCUCACGCAAUUGCAACAUCUCGACCUCAGCUAUAAUCAGCUUCAACUAGAAAAUCUCAAUUGGCUCCCUGCUCUUUCUUCUUUAACGGAUUUGGACCUAAGCAGAAACAAUCUCAGUCUUCCUCCUCCUCCUACUCCAAUUCUUUCCACUACUCUUUACAAAACAAAUUCUUCUACAUCUCUUGCGUAUGUUUAUCUCUCUGACAACCAUCUCACUUCUUCAAUAUUUCUUUGGUUGUCCAACUACAGUCUUGCUACUCUUGAACUCUCCAACAAUAAUCUAUCUGGUUUCAUUCCCGAUUUCCUUGGAAACAUGAGCUCUCUUGAGUAUCUGGGUCUCUCUGAUAACCAGAUUGAAGGAGCGAAUCCAAAUUCGUUUGCAAGGCUGUGUAAUUUGUGA